AUGAACCUAAAGAUUUUCUUACUCAUCGUGCUGUUGCAGUGCUGGUCAUCAGAAGCACUUAAGAAGGAACCAAGAACUGGCAUCGUCUUUCCCGAUCCAUACCAAUCGAAACGAUUGCAAAAGACAGGUGUCCGUACCAAGGGUCCCAUCAAGGUGUAUGCAAUAGGCCAAUACGAUGAUACGACCUUUUUAUUGCACAUGACCUAUGGAGUGGGCGCUGAAAAAAUGACCGACGCACUCAAGGAUGCCCUGGAACCACGGCUUUCGAAUAAGAAUAAGAAUGGUGGUGAUGGUUCCACCGACGAGGAGCUGAAAGAAUUUGAACAACUCAUGCUAAAAGGACUACCCAAGGGAGCUUCCAAGGGAACACAACUGACUUUUGGUACAGGAGGUGGAAAAUUGUCACUGCAAGUGAACGGCAAACAAAUCGGAACAAUUAAAUCGAAACCUUUGUCCAAGGCCUUUGCUGGCAUUUAUACGGAUCGCAAGGCUGUCUGCACCCUGAAGCCACCUGCCGUCGAAGAGGGUGCUGCUAAUGAUGGUGAAGGCACCAUCGAUUCCAUAUUUGGUAUCCCAAAGAAAAGAUUAUUGACUGUCGCCGGAGCUGCGCUUGUCGGUAGCAUAUUCGGAACCUACAUCUAA